AUGGCGGCCCCUCCUCCCCAAUUUGAGCUCCUUGCCGUGAGGACGACCUGGCAGGAGUGCAAAUGCAUGAGGAUAGCCCUCGAGGCACCAAUGCGACCUCGUACAGAACCGGCCCUUGACGGCACUUCUGGUGCAAAGUCAAAAAUCGUGAUUCGGAAUCAUCUCAGUUGCAUAGCUGUUUUCAGAAAACGAAGCCAUGAUUCUUUCUCAGGGCAGAGCAAAACUGACUUGCUUUUCUUUUGCCAUCACAGGUUGCUGUACCUCCUGAGGCUUGGAAACAGAAUAAGAAUGGGAGAAGACCGGGUGGGAAAUCCCAGCGUCUGCCAUUAUUCUAAGCUCCCAUGCAUACGGGUGCCUUUAUCGGCUCAGGGCUCCCCCUUAAUGAAGGAUUUGAAAAGAGGCCAAAACCGCUACUUUUACAGCAUUAUGAGAAUAUAUGACAGCAAAGCGCCGAGGGAAAUGUUGUACCGACGGUAUGUGAUCAAUCUCCAGCGCCAGAACGUGCUGGGGCUCAUCACAAAGCAGCAAGUUGAGUAUUAUGCCUCCUACCUGAAAGAUUCACAAUCCUACAGAGGGUCAAGGCUGAGAACAGCACCCCCCUUGAAGGCAGACUACGGGAAGGCACAGCUGGGGCUCUGUAAUUAA